CUCAAGCUCACUUUAGCGUGACAAACGAGGAAAUUUUAACAUGUUCCGGUGUUAGAAAGUUAGGGUUUAAGGUCGCUUGUGGCUCGGGCGAGUGGCAGCGCUCGGAAGUCGGAAGUUAGCAAGUUUCCUCGGAAGAAAAGGAGAACGUGGGACGAACUUUUCUUCUCUCCAUGUAUAUAAUGGGAACUUCUUGGGAGUUUUCAUGAACUUGUUGAUUACUAUAUCAUUGAAACAGGCAAAAUCGAUAACUGCAACUAGCUACUUUUGCUUCCCAUCCAUAAAAGUGCUAGCUUUGAAGGCUUCGAUAGGAGUGGCAGUAAGGAGCGAAAAGAAGAGCAGUUUGGUUGAGCGGGGAGAAGAAAGGAGAGAAGCAAUGGCAGCUGAGCUCGAUGAAUUAACCGUCGUCAAGGAAGGAGAGGCUGAGAUUCUUAUGCAUGCUAAAAAUGAAGUCUUCUAUAACAAGACCCAGGUUAACAAUCGUGAUAUAUCAAUUGCUGUGCUGAGGAUAUUUAUAUCCAAACGCAAGGAAGAGCAUGAAUCCAAGCUGUCCAAAAGAACCAAGUCUGCAGCUAAGGUUUCUGAAAGUGGUGCUGCUGAGUCUGCUGUUAAUGAAGAGAAAUGCAAUGGAAACACUAAAGUCCCUAAAGAGACUUCUGAAGUCGCUGAAAAGACUUCUACAGCUGAACCUUGCACCACCUUUGAAGAAAUGGUGAAGACCACCGAGGGAAAAGUUAGAGUGGAGCUAAAACCUCCCAGGGUUCUUGAGGCUCUGUCAGCAUCCGGUUUAAGAGCUCUGAGGUAUGCUCGUGAAAUUGAAGGGAUUGGUCAAAUUGUGGCUUUGGACAAUGAUAAAGCUUCAGUUGAAGCCUGCAGGAGAAAUAUAAAGUUCAAUGGUUCUGUGGCAAUUUCCAAGGUGGAAUCCAAUCUUGCUGAUGCUCGUGUAUACAUGUUGACUCAUCCAAAAGAGUUUGAUGUGGUUGAUCUUGAUCCUUACGGGUCACCUUCAGUGUUUCUGGACUCUGCUGUUCAGUCAGUUGCUGAUGGUGGCAUUCUGAUGUGCACAGCAACUGAUAUGGCAGUGCUUUGUGGAGGUAAUGGUGAGGUUUGCUAUUCCAAGUACGGUUCCUACCCAUUGAGGGGAAAAUAUUGCCAUGAAAUGGCUUUGAGGAUCCUACUUGCUUCGAUUGAGAGCCAUGCAAAUCGAUACAAGCGUUACAUUGUUCCUGUUCUAUCAGUACAGAUGGACUUCUAUGUUAGGGUUUUUGUUCGCGUCUAUACUUCAGCCGGUGCGAUGAAGAAUACUCCUCUCAAGCUAUCUUAUGUUUACCAAUGCAUUGGAUGUGACUCUUUCCAUCUUCAACCUAUUGGAAGGACCCUUGCCAAGAAUAACAGCGUAAGGUAUAUGCCUGGUUUUGGCCCCGCUGUACCUCAAGAAUGUACAGACUGUGGGAAGAAAUUCAACAUGGGUGGUCCUGUUUGGUCUGCUCCAAUUCAUGAUCCAGAAUGGGUAGCCUCUAUACUUGAAGAUGUAAAAUCUAUGAAGGACCGGUACCCUGCAUAUGAGCGCAUAUCUGCGGUACUGACAACAAUCUCAGAGGAACUGCCAGAUGUCCCUCUCUUUUUGAGCUUGCACAAUCUGUGUGCUACCCUAAAGUGCACUUCCCCGUCUGCAGUCAUCUUCCGCUCUGCUGUGAUAAACGCAGGGUUUCGUAUAUCAGGAACUCACGUCAACCCUCUGGGGUUAAAAUCCGAUGCACCAAUGGAUGUCAUUUGGGAUAUAAUGAGAUGCUGGGUGAGCGCACUUUAUCUCUAUCAUCUAACAUCGCAGGUUAAAAACCAUCCAGUGAAAGCUCAGGCACCCGAUCAGGCUGGAAGCGUAAUUCUUGCCAAAGAACCAGUUCUGCAAGUACAAUUGCUCUCUGAUAACCUUCUACUUCCUGCAAACUUUGCUCGAGCUGUUGCGUCUCUCAGCAAGGCGCAAGCAAAGAAAGUUGCUCGCUUUCUCCCUAAUCCAGAGAGGCACUGGGGCCCCAAAGUCAAGGCGGGUCGUAUUAUUACCAGCAAGCACAUUUCCCUUCUGGGACCAGAGGCCGUGAAUGGAUACCUCAGCCAUGAGAAUGGUGGUGAUGAAGAAGGGCCGGAAACGAAGCGUGUGAAAACAGAGGAAGAAGUGGAAGAUCCUACUCCGGAGGUUUCAUAGUGGUCAAGCAGCUGGUUAGGCGGCAGGCUACCUCUGCCGAUAUUUAUGUCCCUUGUUUGUGGAAAUUCGUUCCCAGCUUCCGAAAGAAACGGUGGCAAUUUUGAUUUACUUGGGUUGGGUUGUUCUUCACGUAGUGGUUUUACAUUUCGUGUUACUUUUUUCUACCAUUCUUUUUCUUUUUGGUUAAUAAACUCUAUUGGAUUUCUAGCAAGGUUCGUGGCUUCUCUUUGUCAUUUUAGGAAACGGGACAAGAUAGGAUGUGGAAUUGUAAAAUGCGAAAUGGGCUUCCUAAGAUGACCAAUGUAUCCUAACAUCCAAUCCUUUGCUGAACUUAGAGCUAGAAUAUCUAUAGUUAAUCAAAUCAAGCGGGGUAAGAGGC